AUGCCGGAAUCAUGGUCAUCGAAUAGCACGACGUCGACCGUGAUACGUCUCGUCGGCUCACCACACGGCACUGAUGCACCCUUCCACCCGUCCUUCACAUACCCGAUCUACGGCGAGGCCGAAACGAUCUACGGCUACCAAGGACUAGCGAUCAACCUGAAUCUGGCUUCGGGCAGCCUGGUGCCGCUGCUCGACAUCAAGUACCGUGCCAAGAACGAAGCGACCACCGCAAAGCUCGAUGAUGUCGAGGGCAAGAUCAAGGAAUUUCUUCCUUCGGACUACAUUUCGUCGUCGACGUCGACGUCGACAUCUGCUUCUGCUGCACAACAAGAGUUCGAUGCAGCGGUCGAGAAAGACAAGAGUUUCCGUCCGUUUGGAGACAAAGUGCACAGCUACACUCGACGUAAAGUGAACAAGGGCAAGGGCAAGUCAAGCAAUGUAGCGUCGCUGGCUUCAUCUGCGCUGCCGGAAGACGACCCGGACGCGAGGGUGUUUGAAGUGUAUCGCUCGACGUGGGAGACGCCCGGGUUUCGCGAGUACCAUCGACGCAUGCAGCUAUUUGUGCUCCUCUUCAUUGAAGGUGCUAGCUACAUUCAGGAGGACGAAACUAAUUGGGAGUUUUUCACGCUCUACGAAAAAGUCCGCUCCAGCGAGCACACGACCUACCACUUUAUGGGCUAUACGAGCCUAUACAAGUUCUGGUGCUGGCCCGAUUCGUCGCGCAUCCGUCUGUCGCAGUUUGUCGUGCUCCCGCCGUACCAGAAGCAAGGGCAUGGCGGUGCACUGUACACCACGGUCUACGACCAGAUCCGCCAACGCCCCUCAGUAUCAGAGCUCACCGUGGAAGACCCCUCGGAAGACUUUGACCGCCUGCGCGACGGCAACGACCUUCGCCGUCUUCUCGCCCCCGGCGGAUUCGUUGAGUCCGCCAAAGCUCUAGGCAAGCUGCACGCCCCCCUCGACGCGGGAUGGAUCGAGAGCAAGCGUUUGGAUCACAAGCUGGCCCCGCGUCAGUGGGCGCGUGUGCUCGAGAUGGUGCAGCUGAUGAACCUGGACACGGGCGACGAGGAGCAGUUGCGGCAGUACAGACUGCAGGUCAAGGCGAGAAUUUAUCGGCAGAACAAGGAUAUCUUGGUACAGCUCGAGAAGCGACAGCAGCGCCAGAAGCUGCAGGAGACGUUUGAGGGCGUUGUGGAGGAGUAUGGGGAUAUGGUCGGGGUGGAUGUGGAUCCAAUUUUGGAGGCUGGGCCGGUGGCAGGCGCGAUCUAUGAGGAGGAUGAAGAGGAAGAGGAGGAGGAGGGGGCCGGACACUAUCAAAACGGAAAUGGGCCGCCCCGGAAGAUGGCGCGCUUUGCGUAG